AUAUCACCAUGAUGAUCUUCCCCCUUUCUUAAGCAGCAAUUAGAAUCUACAGAAGAUUCGAACUGUACACACGAGCCCACUAUGUCACUGUUACUAUCGUUCCUCGCAGUAGGGCUUGCUUUCCAUCCUGCUCGUGCUUCGGCCCUUCCAGGAACGUCGGUAUUCUGCUCCAACAUCCCAGCCCCCCAUGUUCCAGGGGCGAGGGUUAUUUCUGUCACUAGCAGCGUGAAGCGCGACUACUCAGUGUCGAAGGCACCUCCGACUCUAAACCAAGACGUCACCAACCUCAACGUCUGCGAAGUCAACGUCAUCCUCACCCACCCCGGUGCGAACGACACCGUUCACGUACAGACGUGGCUGCCUCUCCACGGCUGGAAUAACCGAUUCGUCGCCAUCGGAGGCGGCGCCUGGGUCGCUGGCCUGGGGGAACUCGACCUCGCCCUUCCGGCGUCCCGGGGCUACGCAGUCUCCUCGACCGAUGCCGGUCUUUCCGGCGACCCGAGCACCCCGGCUGCCUGGGCGCUGAAGCCCGACGGCAUGGUGAACCUCGACCUCCUGACCAACUUCGCAUCGCGGUCGAUCCAUGACAUGGCCGUCGUCGGCAAGGCAGUGACGGCUUCCGUCUACGCAAAGCACGCUCGCCAUUCGUUCUGGAACGGAUGCUCCACGGGAGGGCGGCAAGGCCUCGUCGCCGCGCAGAAGUACCCCGACGAUUUUGACGGCAUCUUGGCUGGCUCGCCGGCUAUAUACUGGACGGAAUAUGUUAUUGCAGAACUGUGGCCGCAGGUUGUGAUGAAGGAGGCGGGCUACUAUCCUUCGACAUGUGAGCUGGACGCUGUCGUCCAGGCGGCUAUUUUGGCGUGCGAUGGGAAGGACAAGGUCAAGGACGGAGUCAUCAAUGACGUGUCAAAGUGCAACUUUGAUCCCUUUACCGUCGUCGGUUCCAAGGUCCAGUGUAAUGGCAAGGAGGUUGUCAUCAGCCGCCAGGUGGCUUCCAUCGUUCGCAAGAUCUGGGACGGACCCACAACCCCAUCCGGUAAAAAGCUUUGGUAUGGCAUGCCUGUCGAUUCCUCUCUUGCUUUUCUCUCAAAUUCCACCGUCGACGACAAGGGAGCAAGCGUCGGCUUCCCUUUCUCCGUCGCAGAUACGUGGAUCCGCUACUUCGUCAAGGCGAACCCGGCAUUCGACACCACCAAGAUCGACACGGCGGGCCUGACCGAGCUCUUCCGCGAGUCCAAGCAGAAGUUCGACUCGGUCAUCGGCUCGGCCGACCCGAACCUCUCGGGCCUCAAGAAGUCCGGGGGCAGGCUCCUCGUCUGGCACGGCCUGGCCGACCAACUGAUCUACCCCCAGGACAGCGUCCACUAUCUCGAGGAGGUGGAGAGCGCCAUGGGAGGCAGGGCCGUCGACGACUUCUUCCGCCUGUUCCUCGCGCCGGGGGUCGACCACUGCGGCUACGGCACGACGCCGGGCGCGGUGCCGACGGAUCCGUUCGGGGCGCUGGUGGCUUGGGUAGAGAACGGGACUGCGCCGGAGGAGCUGGAGGCCGAGACCCUGCCUGGCUGGCCGGCACACUUCACGCGGAAGGUCUGCCGAUAUCCAAUGGUGGCCAAGUAUCGUGGUUGUGGAGACUCGACCGUUGCCAAAAGCUAUAAAUGUGUUUGA